AUGUUCGAUGCGUCCCGCCUUUCACAGGCUGAGUACUGUCGCCGGACCCGACUCUCACGCAAGGCGUUAUACAACAUGAUAACACCCAAGGGGCGGGCCAUGCUCGCUGCAGCGCACGGCAAGCUCUCGUACAAGCGCAAGCGUAGCUCCGGUGGUGGGCGCAAGGAGAUCAUUCCAUUUGCCAACGAGCUCCUGACGUACAUGAAAGACCUCCGUCGCUCCCGCCGCUGCUUGGCGGUUGCCAUCAUGGUCGAGUACAUAAAGGAGCACCAGACGGCGUGGCUUGACAAGUACGAGAACGAGUACAAGGACAAGACGAUCGCGAACUUGACACGUUUGUGCUCUCGCUUUGCCACUCGCCACUGCUUCGUGCGUAAGUCGAUCACGACGGCCAAGAUGUCCGAAGAAGAGAUGGCAAAGAAGAAGGCAGAGCUCUCGCAGGAUUUCUGGGGCAAAUACGCGGACAAGGACCCAAGCCUCGUGCUCAACUGCGACGAAACGGGGAUCUUCUACGACACGCCCCUACCAAGAUUUAAGCUCAAGUCUGACCUGUACCCUCUGCCUCCGAACACGACUUCUACCUGCCAGCCAUUGGAUGUCGGGGUCAUGGGUCCAUUCAAGGCCAAGUUGCGUGCUUUGUGGUUGCGCGACACCAAGAAGUACACGACUCCCGCGGAAAAGCGCAUGGCCGUCAUCAAGCGCGCUAUUGCCGCGUGGGACGACAUUAGCGAGGAUGCCAUAAAGUCUGCCUUUGCGAAGGCUAUCCCCAAGCAUGUUGUCUAG